UUCCCAAGGGCUUGGGCUGUACAUAAGGAGCACCUCCCGCCUGCUGCUGCCUACCGUCCACCCGUCUGGCUUUCUCUGGGGUCUUGGGAUCCAAGGGGCACCAUGAAGUGGCUGCUGCUGCUCGGCCUGGUGGCGCUCUCUGAGUGCAAGGUCUACAAGGUCCCCCUCGUCAGAAUGAAGUCCCUGAGGCAGAAGCUGAUCGAGCAUGGCAAGCUGCAGGAGUUCCUGCAGACGCACAGCGUCAACCCGGCCAACAAGUACUUCCCCACUGAGCCAGCCAACAUGAUGGCCGACCAGCCCCUGCAGAACUAUAUGGAUAUGGAGUACUUUGGCACCAUUGGCAUCGGAACACCCCCUCAGGAUUUCACAGUCAUCUUCGACACUGGCUCCUCCAACCUGUGGGUGCCCUCCGUCUACUGCUCCAGUCCUGCCUGCUGUGAGUGCCUGGCCCCGCCCAGCCCUACCCUGCCCAGGCCCCCUCAGUACCAACUGACCUGGGAGCCCCGAACACUCAGGGGCUUCAAACAGGUCCAGUUUCAAGCCUGUUGGUGUCAUUCAAGGGUUCACUCAACAGGCAUUUACUGAGCACCUACGAUGUGC